UUUGCGCGCAGCCAAAGAGCGAAGAGCAAAGAGCAAAGACGCCAACUACAAAGCUUCAACCUUUGCAAACCCAAUUGCCCAUGAGCCAAGAUUUUAUAAGAUUUUAGUUCUUAUAACGUUGUUUUACUACAACGUUCUGUUGGUUGGGUUUGCUUUGUGAGAUAUUUAUUUAUACCUGUCUCUGUGAGUCAGCAUUUCAUUUAUUCUGUCUCAGAAUUCUUUCAGAGUACAAGAUCUCUUUCUCAGAUCUUCUACCUUAGAAGAUGGUCUUUCACCUGAGAAGACCAUGCUCAAUGUGUGUCCUUACACAACUUACUGGUGGGUUAGAUUUGAGUUAGUUCCUUUGGCCUCUAAGUUGGUGGUCUAAUUUCUCCCUCGAUUUAAAUGUAACCGAAUUAUUGGUUCGGGGUCUGUCAUUAGUGAAAUAAGCAUAUGGUGUGGGAAAUAUUAGCCUGUAGGUUGUGUUGAAGAAAACUUUUGUAGUUGAAAUGUAGCUUCUUGGUUCUGCUGAUUCCUUGGGUGGAAUUUGAACUUAAAUGAAACUCAAACUUUGCUUGUCUGGUCUUCGUUGUUAUGCAACCAUAUAUGGAUUUCACUCAUUUGAAGCUUUGAUUCUAAUUCAUUCUAUCUCAGUCUAGAUAUAUAGAUUUCAACCCGUACAAGUCCGCUACCAAAUUGUGGUAUAUUGCACCAUCUACUUGAUAGAUUGAUGAAGGUUGGGCUUCCAUCUACAAUAAUGAGUCGCCAUGAUAUAAUCUCUGUACCUCAAAGUGAGACUACCAAAGAAGUGACACAAUCAUAUUGUACUCCCAAAUCCCAGAUGCAUGAUUUUUUGGGUAGUAAAUCAGAAGGCAGGAGUUUAGCGGCCAGUGAAUGCUCAUCUGCACGCCUGUCACCUUUCAUACGGGCAGAAUCUCUUGGUUCUCCUACAAAUAUUCGAGGAUCUAGUGUUCAACAUUCCCAGAACACAUUUUCGCGGUCUUCUGUUUUCUGUACCAGUUUGUAUCAGUCAUCUUCAUCGAGUUCUGAAACCUCUCGGCAGCUUGGAAAUUUGCCAUUUCUUCCACAUCCUCCAACAUACAGCCAGUCCAUUUCUGCUGUUGAUUCCAAAUCGCCAUUUCUCUUAAGUGACAAUAUGAGCAAUCAAUAUGAUGACGAACAAUCAGAGGAUCUCAUGAAAGACUUUCUUAAUUUGCAUGGAGAUGGCUCUCAUGGUAGCUUUCAUGGUAUUAGUUGUGGAAGUGACACUCUAGCACUUACAGAGCAAUUAGAGUUACAGUUUUUGUCAGAUCAACUUGACAUGGCUAUCACGGACAAUGGAGAAAAUCCCGGGCUUGACGAAAUAUAUGAAAUUCCUCAAGCCUCACCAAAACCGGCCAUAGGAUUGACAUAUAGUAAGAGUUGUCGCUUGACAACACUACCUGUUGAUGCUCUUUCAAGUCACCCCUCUCCUGGACCUUCGCCUGCACAUAGACCACGAAUGCGAUGGACACCUGAGCUCCAUGAGCGUUUUGUAGAGGCUGUUAACAAGCUUGAUGGUGCUGAAAAGGCUACUCCAAAAGGUGUAUUAAAGGUCAUGAAUGUUGAGGGCUUAACCAUUUAUCAUGUGAAAAGCCACUUACAGAAAUACCGACUUGCCAAGUAUAUGCCAGAGAAAAGAGAAGAUAAGGCGGCCUCUAGUUCUGAAGAAAAGAAAGCAGCUUCAAGCAGCAGCGAAAGUGACGGAAGAAGAAAAGGGAGCAUUCAAAUCACCGAGGCUCUGCGCAUGCAAAUGGAAGUUCAGAAGCAACUGCAUGAGCAGCUUGAGGUUCAAAGGGCCCUUCAGCUACGCAUAGAAGAUCAUGCAAAGUACUUGCAGAAGAUCUUGGAGGAGCAACAGAAAGCUGGCAGCGCCUUACUUUCUCCACAAGCCUUGUCAUCGCUGACGACUAAUUCCAUCCAAGAGCCUGAACAACAACCUUCAUCAUCAGCUGGUGUAUCGCCGACGCAACCUGCUGAGUCUGACUCAUCAUCACCUCAAUCAUUGAAGCAUAAAGCUACUGAUAGCAGUGAAUCUGAGCCACCAGCAUGCACCAAAAAGCAACGUCUUGAAGAGAAACCAGAUGAGGGUGUUGUUGAAAAUCCUCAGCAAUAACUUCUACCUUUCCAGCACUACUCCAAAGUCCAUUGUUUGUAUCUUGUAUAGAACUUCCAAGGUUUUGUAGGUAAAACUAGAAAUUGAAUUGAGAUUGCUUGAUUUGUAUCUCUCUCUCUUGACAGCUAAUAGUAGUUUAAUGAAAGAGGAAAUCAGCAAUUCUAUUUUCCAUAAACUUUUGUCUGAA